CGUCGUGCUCCGUAGCUGGUAUCAUAGCAACGCGAUGAAACAAAAGCGAAGCGGUGAAACAUGGCGACGCAGAGAGAACAGGACGCCGCGGAUUAUCUCAAGAGACACCAGAUAAUGGAGCUCAUGGAGAACCUGACCGGCAUGCUCUUCUUCUACAGACCCGAGAAUCCCACGGAGUUUCUCAUCGAGCAGCUGGAACAGCUGCAGGUUUCUCGACAGGGUGGCGAGAAAGGGCCCAAUCUGUUCAACAGCUCCAACCUGGACGCAGUCUUCGGGAUGAUGGACCCCGCCAAUCAAAAAUACAUCACCUUUGCUCAAUACAAGCAUGCACUGACAACAAUGGGCAUAAAGGACAUUAAUGAAUGUCCUGACGGUGCAAAUGAAGACAGAAUAUCCCUUGAGACGUUCAAAGCAGAAGCGAUGCAAGGACUGCAGCGAUGCACAGCAACAUAUACACCAAUGUGAAUUUUGAAUUACUCAGCUGAUGUGUUCUCUAUUUAGAGUUAUAACGUUGAAACACAUUUGGACGUGAUAAGCACAUUUUAUUAUUACUAUUAAACUGUCUGAAACUGGCAUAAUAUUUCAGGCAAUUUCAUUCUCAUCCAAGUAUUACAAGUCUACAUCCUAGCUCAGUAUCCUAGCUCAGUAUCCCCUUUUUACUUAAAUAUUGACCAAACAAUGUUUUCCAUACCAAAAACAUAUGUUGGUUUAAUCCUCAAAAUGACACUGUUGACGAUCUCUGGCUUCCCUCUUCACAUCUCAUGACUCUGGGCCUAGCAGUAAGAAAACAUUAGCCAUGACUAAGAAUACAAAGAGGAUAAUGAUUGCUCUGGUAAAUAUAACAUAAUGCUCCUACAAUAUAGUUAUAUAUGAAUAAGUAAUAAAAGUUCAGUUUGUUUGACUGCCAAAGACAA